CCUCCUCCUCCCUCUCCUUCCCCACCCCCUGUCCCAUUGAUGUGUUAUUAUUGGGGGGGCUGGAGCAGUAAAAAAAGAAGAAGGAAAAAAAGAGCUGGGAUCGGCUGGGAGCGGUUGAGCGCGGGGCUGCCAGGCAUCGGCGGCGAUGGAAGAACUUACAGCGUUCGUCUCCAAGUCUUUUGACCAGAAAGUGAAGGAGAAGAAGGAGGCAAUCACAUACCGGGAGGUGCUGGAAAGCGGGCCGCUGCGCGGGGCCAAGGAGCCGCCCGGGGGCGCCGAGCCCGGCCGCGAGGACCGGCAUGAACAGCGCCCCCGGCGCUGGGGAGGAAGAGAAGGUGGCGGCGGGGAAGAAUCCGUCCCCGCCGGGCCGCGAGGAGGCGGCGGCGGGGGAGGCAGUCGCUGCGCACAUCAUCAUCCUCGCCGCCGCCGAGGAGGAGCGGGCGCGGGCGCUGGAGGAGGGCGCUCUCCCGUCCGGGAGCUGGACAUGGGCGCCGCGGAGAGAAGCAGGGAGCCCGGCAGCCCGAGGCUCACCGAGGUGUCCCCGGAGCUGAAGGAUCGAAAAGAGGAUGCGAAAGGGAUGGAGGACGAAGGCCAGACCAAAAUCAAGCAGAGGCGAAGUCGGACUAAUUUCACCCUGGAACAACUCAAUGAGCUGGAGAGGCUUUUCGAUGAGACUCACUACCCUGACGCCUUCAUGCGGGAGGAGCUGAGCCAACGGCUGGGACUCUCGGAGGCCCGAGUGCAGGUUUGGUUUCAGAAUCGAAGGGCUAAAUGCAGAAAACAAGAAAAUCAACUCCAUAAAGGUGUCCUCAUAGGGGCUGCCAGUCAGUUUGAAGCUUGUAGAGUUGCACCUUAUGUCAACGUAGGUGCUUUAAGGAUGCCUUUUCAGCAGGAUAGUCAUUGCAACGUGACGCCCUUGUCCUUUCAGGUUCAGGCGCAGCUGCAGCUGGACAGCGCCGUGGCGCACGCGCACCACCACCUGCACCCGCACCUGGCCGCGCACGCGCCCUACAUGAUGUUCCCUGCGCCGCCCUUCGGACUGCCGCUAGCCACGCUGGCCGCGGACUCAGCCUCCGCUGCCUCCGUAGUGGCGGCCGCUGCAGCCGCCAAGACCACCAGCAAGAACUCCAGCAUCGCCGAUCUCAGACUGAAAGCCAAAAAGCACGCGGCUGCCCUGGGCCUGUGACGCAAUGCGUGCAGCCCGCACCCUCUGCGCCCUCCGAGCCUUGCUUCUCCGCUACCCUGACCCAGAGCCGGUCCUCCUCCUUCCGCUGACCAUCCACGUCCCUGCUGUACCUGGACCGGAGGGCAGGACCCCGUGGAUGGAUGGAUCCCACGGGCCCUCUGGCCUCCGAUCACUUACCUGCUGGACCGCCUAGAUUCUGCCUCUUGUGGGCGGGAUUGGGGAGUCUGGAGGGAGACUGGACUGGGAGCGCUGGCACAGCGGAGUAUGACUCAUGGCAAAGCUGCAACAGUGAACUCUUGCUUAGAAAAUUAAAAUUCUGUUGAUAAAAAGUGAGCAAAACAAGCAAGCAAGCAAACAAACAAAAACAAACAAACAAAAGUAGAAAAGACAAGCCAGAGGAAAAAAGAGAAAGGGAACUAAUUUCUUAUUGCUAUUUGGCAGAAACUGAAAUAGGAGAGAGAAUCGAGGAACAAAAAUAAAAUUAAAACAAAGUAUUUUAUACAUUUUAAAAUAUGGAAAAAUAACCUGGACG